UCGCAUUUUUAGGGCUACACAGAGCUGGUUGUAUGUGCUAUGCGGAGGAGCGUCGCCGCAGCUCGAGGUAUGCACAGCCACAAGGAGGCAUUGCUCAGGAGAUGGCAGUCUCUCACCGGGGAUUGCGAGCCGCCGCCUGCCAUGCUCGUCAAGCUCGUCGAGGAGACGGCUACCAAGAUUGAGUCUCUCGGCCCUCCUCUCAAAGUCGAGCUCGAAGAGGACAAAAGGCAUCGUGCUGUUUAUAGAAGCAUUGCGGAUUCGGAGCAGAAGCUGCAGUUUUUCUCUGCCCGGCAGAUUGCGUGCCGGCUGCUGAGCGCCGAUGGCUACCUGUGUGACGGGUGCUGGCUGCCUCGUCUGGAAGAUUGCAUCUGCAACAAGAUCGUCAAGGGAUCGCUGUGGCGCGGUAUCAAGCUUUGGCUCUACAUGCAUCCCAAGGAUUUCCUGAGGAAGAACAAUACCGGGAAGCUGCUCUGGCAAACCUUUGGGUUUGAGGCGGUGAAGCUGUGCAUAUUUGGCGUGGAGCAGCAAGAGAAUGCCAUGUGGAGCGCUCUUCAGCAGGCUGGCCACGAGAAUGUGUGGUGUGUCUAUCCGGGACGGGAUGAAACUGGAUACCGGGUCGACGAGAUUCCAAUUGCAGACGUGUUUGUGGAGGAAGCAUCAAAGCGGUCGGAGGAGGAGGCUGCGUGUGCACUUCACUUCAUUUUGAUGGAUGGAACUUGGACCAACUCCAAGGCCAUGCUCAGUCGCAUCAACAUUCGCGCCAAUCGAGCAUGGAACGAUGCGGUCCCUUGCGUGACUUUAGAGCCACUUCUGCCCUCGGCAAUGCAUGCACUGAGGCCCCAGCCGUCCACUGAGAAAACUUGCACAGCAGCCGCCGCGAGUCAACUGCUGCGCGAGCUAAGCUCCCGCAGAGAGAUGGCGCUGGUGGGGGCUCAACUCGAGGAAUCGGCUCGAGUGAUUGAUAAGUCGAUCACUUGUCUCUUCGAUUCACUUGCCUGCCGACGGAAGCGUGGGGGCAAGCCACUUUGUCGGCUGCCAGCCCAGUUGCAGCAGCUGUGAUGGAGGAGGAGCGAGGAGCUCUCGACUUGCUCUCUCAUCAGUGUUCGUUAAGAUUUCCAUUCGAGUGACAGAGACGGGGCUCCACUACCAAAUAUAAAAAACAAGGGGGUGAUCAUCUCCUCCUCAGUUGCAGUGGUGGUGUCAUGCUCUUGCUAUGGUCGGCUGGCUUUUUCCGGGGUGUGUCUGGCCACGUUUCACAUUACGGCAAUAGCCGGUGAAAGGUAUGCUAGCUUCAAGGCCCGGCGAUCCGGCAGGGGGGAAA